AUGCUUAACUCUUUGGGCACCAAGCUUGCGCUAAGGAAAGCCGGAUUGGGAAAUAUUUCGCUUCCAAAGACCGACAACUUGUUUGGUGGCAAUAAUAGUACAGGGAGUUCGAAAAAGGGCGCUGCAGACGGAGGAGAUGCGGGCUUCGCCAACCCAUUUGCAAACGUGCAGUGGGGAGUCCCCAAAGCAUUCCAAUCAUGGACCACGCCUCCGCCGCCUCAGGACCCCGUCCGUAAGCCCCCGCAAAUAGGAGACCGCGCUCAGUCGCACGCGAAGUUGCAGUUUCCAGCGCCAGACAGUCGCCCUACAAUAAUUUUGUUUCUGCGAUUCUGUGGAUGUCCUUUCGCACAAAAACUCCUCCUCCGUCUCCGCACCCUCGCAAACCGCUAUCCUUCUAUCCGCUUCAUCGCCAUAUCCCACUGCACCCCCGCCGCGACAACCGCCUGGCUCUCCAAACUCGGCGGCGCUUGGAACGUCGACAUCAUUGUCGACCCAGAGCGUAACCUGUACGCGCUGUGGGGCCUCGGCAUCUCUACCUGGGCACACGUCUUGCACCCACGUAAUGGGUACAAUCAGGUGAUGCUGAGGAAGAAUGAAGGGGUUUGGGGACAUGAGGUUGGUGAGGGAGCGUGCAGGUGGCAGAUUGGGGGUGCGUAUGCGGUGGAUGGGCGCGGAGUGGUUACGUGGGGUGCGCCGAUGGAGUCGGUCGAUGAGGAGAUACGGUUUGAGGAUGGGGUUAAGACGUUGGGGUAUGGGGAUUCGAGGAUGUAA